GCCAUGCGCGCUCCUGAUUUCUGCUGCGCACAGACAGCAGCCGGUGCGGAGAGACAGAGGGAGGAGAGGGCUGCGAUUACUAGUGACAGAAAACGGCAGCGAGCGCCUACAGUCUGGAGAGCAGCUGAUGCGAUAAGAUGCUGAGCGUCGCCUUGCUGUGCGUGUGCGCCGUCGCCCUCGGACGCGUCUCCGCGCGCUCCGACAGCGGCAAUUUUUUGGAUGAUAAGUGGCUCACCGGGAGAUGGGAUAAAUUCAGAGAUGAAGUCGAGGAGCCUGGAACAUGGACUCCAUCCAAGCCCUUUGAUCAAGGCCUUGAUCCAGCCAAAGAUCCCUGCCUGAAGAUCAAAUGCAGUCGCCACAAGGUGUGUGUGGCUGAGGAUUACAAGACGGCCACUUGUGUCAGCCAGAGGAGAGUUAGUUUCAAAGAUGCUAAUUUGUACCAGAGUCCGGGGUCCAAGUGCAAACCCUGCCCUGUGGUUCACCCCUCGCCUGUUUGUGGAACUGAUGGCCACACCUACUCCACCAAGUGUAAGUUGGACUACCAGGCGUGCAUCACGGGAAAGAAGAUUACUGUGAAGUGCUCUGGCAUGUGUCCUUGUCCCUCUCAGCCUGAACACAGCUCUGCAGAGAAGAAAGUUUGCAGUGAGUCGGAUCUGAAGGAGGUGGUGAGUCGUCUGAGGGACUGGUUCAGAGUGCUGCACGAGAACAGCAACCACAAGAGAGUCAAGAUCCAGAAGCCCGAGAAGAACAAGUUCGAAGUUGGGGCGUCACCCAUUUGCAAGGACCCUCUGGGUUGGAUGUUCUCUCGACUGGACACAAACUUCGACAUGCAGCUGGACCAGUCGGAGAUCAGGAGCCUCUACCUGGACAGGAACGAGCCGUGCUCCGACGCCUUCUUCAAAUCCUGCGACACACACGCCGACAAAGUCAUCACCAGCUCCGAGUGGUGCACAGGCUUUCAGAGAUACACAGAUUCUCCGUGUAAAGCAGAGCUGUCCAGUAUCAACAAAAAGCAAGCGGGGAAAAAGCUCCUUGGUCAGUAUCUGCCGUCCUGCGACGAGGACGGUUACUACAGGUCCCACCAGUGCCACAGCAGCAGCGGGCAGUGCUGGUGUGUGGAUCGCUAUGGCAACGAGGUGGCCGGCUCCCGGACCCACGGUCCUGCCGACUGCGGAGUGAUUUUGGAGUCCUCCGGGGACCUUGGCAGCGGAGACUCUCUGUUUACAGACGACGACGAGGAUUCGUUCGUCCUCAAUGACCAGGCUACUAUGGACGAUGAGGACGACGAAGAUGAGGAUGAUGAAGAUGACAAUGAUGAAUAUCUGUCGUAAUUUUCACAGAAAAAAAAGAAAAUGACAAAAAAAAAAAAAAAAAAAGAGAGAGAAAACUGUUUGUUUGGUCAAACUGCACGUUUCUAGGUGAUUCCCCAAGCAGAUACUUAAUCAUACUAACAGCCUAUGGACUACUCUCAGUGUACUGUUUGUUCAUAAGUCUAAAAAGAAAAAAAAUACUCCUGGCAAACGUUUUUUUGAUUUUUCUUCCUGUUUAAAUAUAAAAAUAUGAGUGGUUAAUGGCACUUGUUCACUUGUGUGUCAGCCAACCAGAUAACAUGACAAGGACUCAUGGACAAGCUGCCCAUGGUUUGGAUUCGGUCGUAUGUGCAAAGACCUUUCCCCCUCAUUGGACCAGUCCACGUCCUCCAGUGUGUCCUGUCUUUGUGCAGCGCUCCGAUGCCUGAGUGUGUUGAUGCCUAAGGCGCAAUGUUUUAAAGAGAUUUCCCUCCUCUUCUUUCCUUUCUCCUCCUCCCCCCCGCAACACUGUACUCCUUAUCAAAUGUUCCUGUGUAUAGGUGGGAUGUCGAUGAUGUAGAUAAGAAAAUAUUGCACUCUUUAGGUUUUCUUUUGAUCUUGAUUUGUAACUGUGACUGUAACUGUGUGGAAAAAAAAAAGUACAAGAUAAGAGUUAGACAUGCUUCAUUAGAAGAAUUAA